AUGGAAUCGAACAGAUUCCCUGAUAUUGACGGAGAGUGUGAUGACGAUCAUGGUCCGGUGCGAGAACGCCGUGAAAACAUCGCCUACAGUAAGAAGUCCAAGCAGACCAAGCGCAGCAACUGUGACAUGGCCAGUCCCGCAGAUACUGCCACAUCGACCCGGAACGAGACAGUUGCAAGUUGCUCCCAUGUCACCCUAGCUGAGCCCAACCGAGGCGACAACGACCAGAAGAAUUUGAUCCGACGUCGUGCCCAGAAAGAGGACGCACACGACUCUGUAUCAUGCGCCGAUGCAUCAAAUGCAGCCUCCCCAGCUCGUGACGCGACCAACGACCGCCCCGCGGCUCUUGGCAAGUGUCGCCACUCGAAAUUGGACGACCAUAUCCCAGAUACUCACGAAAAUAGUGAUGGUGAUUAUGAUCCGGCACAGGAACCCCGCGAGAAAGUCGCGCAACGCAAGAAGCCCAAGCAGACCAAGCGCAAGUAG